UAGCCUCUCUUGCACCUCUUGCACUGGAGAUCCACAGUGGGCGCCGUGCAGGGCUUGGCUACAGACGCACUCUGUGCUGUGUGUCUGUGCACUGCGUGCGUGAUUUCUCUUGCACCCACCCGCAGAGGUUUAACACAGUCGACCGGCAUGGUCACAUGCUGGUUGGGCCGGUGGCGGUGUGCCGGUGGGUGCCCGGGUCAUUAGGGUGUUUGCGCAGGACGUGGCGAGUCGACGCCAGUGACCGGGCAGGUGAUGUUUGCUCACGUAAGCCGCUCGCGUUUGAUGAGGGGCGCAGGGGACGCGGCUGGAGGGUGCGCGCUACUGUUGCAUCGCCUCACCGGAUAACCGCUGCUAUCUCAUCCCGUCCGUCUGUCCCUCCCCGGUUUUCUGUUCUCUUUUUUAUAUUUUGCUUACCGAACUAACGGAUUUGCAGGAGUGGGACUCUUUUGGCGAUCGAAAUAAGUGGAUAAAGGACCCGACCUUGCGUGUGCGUGUGCGUGGAGUGCGUAUCGUUUCCUGUGAUUCCCCUGUACGCGCAAGCUGCUUUUUUCAUUCCAGAGAGGCAAUGCGCCCACCCAUGCGAUGCUAGCCUAUUAGCUGGAGAGAGAGAGAGACAGAGAGAGAGAGAGAGAGAGAGAGAGAGGUUUCAGCCCUGGAUUCGAGAGGAGGCUAAUUUACGAGUCUUGUUUUGCCUUUCAGGAAAAGGGGAGAUAAGAGGGGGAGGGUGGUUGGUGAAGGAGAAUGCAGCAAUCACAUUUUUAAGCAUGCAGAAGCGGGCCGUUUCCGGUUCCUAGGCUGGUGUGUCCCCCCAUCCGAGGCCAGCAGCCGUAUGGGGAAAGCAGCGGCAGACACAGAUGGCAUGGACACUUCCACAACGUCUGCCGCUCUGCCCUGCCUGCUCUGCCGGAGCCCGUUCGCCGCCGUCUCUCUCUUCCAGCUCGCUCCGCCGCCCAGCAGCACUGCAGCACAGCACAGGCUGACGGCAUGAGGCUUGAUCCAGUGCAUUUCUCCAUGCUGGUCAUCGGGGUCUCCUUCGCCUGUUACGCCCCGAGUCUCAACUCCCUCCAGGACCAGGCGUACCGAUCAGCCGUGGUCAUCGAGGGCGAGGUGCGCUCCUCCCCGGAGAACGUCUCCUCCCGGGAGCCCUACAGUGUGAAUGUCAAAGUGCUGGACGUGUGGCCCGUCAACAGCGGCGGCCUCGAGAGGGAGCAGCUCGUGACCGUCGGGGACUUCGGUUCCGAGGCCCCGUGCACCACGGUGGAGAAGGACCACAGAUAUAUCUUUUUCAUGGACCCGACCGCCGAGCCCUUGGUAUUCAAGGCAUCGUACGCCCCUGUGGACGCCAGCGAGCCGGAGCUGAAGAAGGAUGUGGAGAGAGUGUUGUGCGAGGACUGCGCCUCUGCUCCUAAGCUUCGGCUGAUGCGAGGCCAGUCUCUGAUGGAAGGGGACAAGCUGUACUUGAAGUGCGAGGCAUCGGGGAAUCCCAGCCCUUCCUUCCGCUGGUACAAAGAUGGGCACGAGCUGCAGAAAGGCAGAGACCUCAAAAUAAAGACCAACAAAAAAAACUCAAAGGUGCAGAUCAGUCGUGUCCGUGUGGAAGACUCUGGCAACUACACCUGUGUGGCUGAAAACUCACUAGGACAAGAAAACCUCACGAGUAUAAUCAGCGUACAGAUCUUGACCACCACCACCCCGUCUCCAGGUGUGAGUCACGCCAGGCGCUGCAAUGACUCGGAGAAGGCCUACUGCGUCAACGGGGGAGACUGUUACUUCAUACAUGGUAUUAACCAGCUGUCCUGCAAGUGUCCCAAUGACUAUACGGGGGACCACUGUCAAAACUCCGUCAUGGCCGGUUUCUACAAGCUUCUCAGAAUUGAAUUUAUGGAGGCCGAGGAGCUCUACCAGCGGCGGGUGCUGACGAUCACAGGCAUCUGUGUGGCGUUGUUGGUGGUUGGCAUCGUUUGUGUGGUGGCCUACUGCAAAACCAAGAAGCAGAGGAAGAAGAUGCACAGUCACCUACACCAGAACCAGAAUCAGUGUGUGGAGCAACCCAACCGCAUGCUGGCAAAUGGACCCAACCACCCCGGACCUGGUCCCGAGGAGAUCCCCAUGGUUGACUACAUCUCCAAGAGCGUCCCAACAACAGAGUGUGUGAUCAGCCACGGAGCCGAGGGUGCAGGCAACUACGCAGGCAGUCGAAUGUCUACCCGCUCCCACCACUCUACCACUGCCUCACAUGCUUCCAGACACGAGGAGCAGACGUGGAGCAUGGAGCGAACAGAGAGUAUGAACUCAGACUGCCAGUCAGGUGGGCUGUCCAGCUCUGUGGGAACCAGUAAGUGCAGCAGCCCGGCAUGCAUGGCGAGGAGGGCCGCCCACUGGGGCUGUACGGAUGUGUCCGGACCGGGAAUGCAGUACGGGGAUUCCUACGACUCUCUAAGAGACUCGCCUCACAGUGACAGGUAUGUGUCGGCGCUGACUACACCAGCGCGCCUGUCUCCAGUGGAGUUCCACUACCCCCCGGUGCCGCCCCAGGUGCCCACCUUUCAGAUCACCUCGCCCAACACAAGCCACGCCCUCUCCCUGCCCCCUGCCGCUGCCGCCUACCACAGAGAGGACGACCAGCCGCUGCUACGGUGCCCUGAU